AUGACGUUCGAUGACGACAACAAGUGCGACCGGGAAUUAAAUGAGGUUAAAACCUCUCUAUCCAUCCUAAGCUUAUCCACAACGACGACUGCGUCAUCGUCCCCGCUGCCACAACCACCAACCACGUCUUCCAGCCUUUCUUCUCUUGUACGCUCAGUCGUAGAUUUUGUUGAUGAUUCCGGCAUCAAAGGAUCAAAGCCAGAAGAGAAAAAAGAUGUGAUAAGAGCGACGUUCGACGAGAGAAUGAGGGAAGACGGUAUCCAGUACAUUGGUCCGCCAUUUAAAGAUAUUACCAAGUUUCUCGAUGAAGUUACUGAGGAAUUCGAGCUUGGUCAAUUAGUUCAUCUUGAGUCCUUUGGCUUAUACGAUGCAAUGAGUUCUAUCGAGAUAAUGGAUCCAAAGAUGGACAGCGGAAUGGUAUUUGAAAGUGAUAUUAAUAAGAAAGCGUUUGAUCCUUUUGUACUUUUGACUCCAAAAGCAGUUCUUGGAGUUAUGGAUAGAAUAUUUAUUUGCGAGAUGACUUGGCAUUCCGGUCAUUCAUUAUCACAAACACUUUAUACCUGUCUAUACCUCGAUCUUCUUGACAAUAUAACACUUGACGCGUUUGCUUCAUCUGAUAAAAAUGAGGACAGCAUACCAGCUGAAUUAGUUGCUAUUGUAUUAAAAGCGUACAUAUUGGGGACGGUGAAAUGUUGUCAUUUAGUUUGGGAAGAGAUGUAUAAGGGACAUGUGUACGAGGAAGAGGACUUUGCAACGAAUAGAUACGGCAAGCCAUUGUGUGAAGAUAAGUCAGUAUCAGAAGUCAUUAAUUUAAUUGACAUGGCCAAACAAUGGUUAGAUGAUGUCGGAAAAACCUGGUUACAGGAUUAUGAACAAUCGUGCGAUGCAGAUCAAUCUUCAGCAGACGUGAUAGUUCAGGCCCUUAAUUUACGUCUAUCUCUGCGCAAGUCUUUUUUGAUUGCACUGAAUAACAUCUCCCAGCCACGAUGCUCACAAUAUGCUUCGGCAGCAAAACAUCUGCAAAGAGCCCUCGUGUGUUUGAAUGGUUCCAAUGACGGGACUGGGAUUAGAGAGACUAUUGAGAUUGGAAUCGAUGUAGAGAGUGUGUUCGACCCAAUGAUAAAUCGGAAACUCGUAUCUCAAACACCACCGCGUCCAAUAAAACUGCUUUCAAUAGAAGAGUCUUUGAAUGAUCUGGAUAACCUGUUGAAGGAAGUAAUAUCAAUAUGCGGAGUUAUUGAAUACAAGUCGGCUAGUAGUUUACAGAAUUAUUUCGCAUAUUUUGCUGCACGACGACCUGCUCCAUGCGCUUUUUCAAGAUCACUGCUACAAUCUACGCUCUGCACAGAUGACCGAGUCCUCGGUUUCAUGUCUAUGCAUCAACUAGUUAAAGAAUCUGUAUUAGAAUUAAACAAUCCGCCCUACCCCUAUUUUACUUCAAAGACGGAGUUAAUCACAUCUGGUAUUGGUAGCGGUAGUCGUGGUGGCUUUGGCAGCAGUACAGGGGGAAACAAUUCUGAUAACACGAACAUACCUCACCUGUUACGUGUAUUCGUUGGGAAUGCUUCGAAGGCGGAACACAUCGAUUCUGAAUUGCACACAAUAACAAAAGAGGAACCAAUGAACACUAAGGAUGGACCGUCGUUUUCCUUUUAUUUAUCGACGUGGGUUUACCAUCAGAAAUUAGUGAUGCUGGAAGAAACUCUAUUUCUUGGAUUUGAGUUAGAGUUGUAUGGGCCGCACGAGUACAUGAUGAUCUACUGGUAUCUUGAUUAUAUAUUGGGUGUUCAUAAUCGUCAUUUGGAGAGAAUGGCCGUAUACAUUGCUGGAAAGGCUGCAAAAAAUAAGAAAGACAAUCGUAAAUCCAGACGAAGACAAUCGAGGCCGACUCCAGCGCCUCCAAUUGUAUCACAGUUGAUUAACAAACAGCUAUUACUUACGGCAAAGCAGGAAAUAUGUCGAGGUGUUUACAGGAUGAUCGUAGCAUUACGCAAAUCCAACGAUUGGGUUUCGCCUAAUCUCGAAUAUGAUAAUGAGAACAUACGUUUCUGGAAUAGAACCAAAAUGUUAAGAAAUCUGGGCAGCCCUACUGCGUUGACUUAUGCUGACUUUAAGGAGACUACUCGGUUCCCGGACGUAUCUUCACGCGAAUUGCUGUCGGCAGCAUUACAUAACUUUGAAACGUGUCGUAGUGCCAUCGAAAGACUGAAUUCCUUGAAACCAACAGAGACACAUAUGGAACUCUGCGGACCCGAGUUUAAAGAGGAUAUGCAAAAUAUGCUUCGAGUAUGCAUAGGUAAUUCAAUUAGCAUACAAAAAAUGCUUCAUCCUGGCAUAUCGUCCAGUAAACGUGAAGCAAAAGCAUCAUCCAUUCAAGAUCAAAACAGUAGUACAAUAACAAAGAAAGACAUGGCAAUCGAGUUCAAGUAUCAUCCGUGGUAUGCUUAUAUAAAUGUAAAAUAG